UCGAGUGUUGUCAUGUCUUUGUAAUUGAGUUUUAAUUUUGAUAUUUUUCAUUUAGCAUGUGAAGUGUUUUUAAUUAUUAUUGUUGUCAUUUUUUUAUUUAGCUCAGAGCGUUUACGUUCCAUCAAGUUUUUUUAAUGUUUUAUGUUAUUAGGCUGGUUUAGUGUUGUUUUUAAAUGAUUUAUUUUGUAUGUUUUCAUAGUUUGUUCAGCUCUUUGUUUAUUAUGGAUUUUUAAAUAUUUGUUCUUUAUUAGUAAAGUUUUGUCUUGGGCUCAUUUAGCGUUGUCCUGUUUUUGGUAUUUGAUGAACUCUUCAUAUUCUUAUUUAGUGUUUCCAUGGCUACGGCGGUGGCCGCGUGGCAUUGUGGGUAGUGUAGUGUCGUGAUGCCAUGGAAGCAACCAAACCUCUCGUGGCAGCCGAGCAUGUGCGUUGUCGUUUGUGAGCGAGAGGCAGGGCGAGCAACAAGCGUUCUCUGUUUGCUGACGCAGACUUGGCGGCUCCACCUGGGGGCUCCACUUCGGGGCUCCACCCUUCCCUCCCAGCACACACAGAGGCCACUUGAAGGUCUAAUUGCGGCGUCCUAACAACAGACAGGUUCUGCUGAGUGCAGGAGGUCCAGUUGGCACAAGGAGCAGCACAUCAGCACUUUGGUGCUUAGUAGCGGAUGAGAAUGGUGAUCAUGUUGCUGAUUCCCGCUCUGCUCCUCACCCUGGUCUCGCUGAGCGCAGCCGACAACUUGGACACUUCGUACCCCGACCUGGAGCACUCCAGAACCAUCUACGUGACGGAAAAUGUUCCUCGCCUGUCGGUGACAUCAGAGCAGUCCAUUGUGGUCUCGAGGCGGGGGGGCAACGCCACGUUGCCAUGCAGCAUCCAGCGGGACCAAUCCCUGGCCCCCAAUCGCAAGAUGAGGAUCAAGUGGACCAAACUGACGUCCGACUUCCUGAAGGAGGUGGACGUGUUUGCGGCCAUGGAUUACCACAAGAGAAGCUACGGAAGCUUCCACGGGCGCGUGCGCCUGCGAGGCUCCUCCCCCACGGACGCCUCACUGGUCAUCAGUGACAUCGUCCUGGAGGACUACGGCAGAUAUAAAUGCGAAGUCAUUGACGGCCUGGAGGACGCCACCGUGGUGGUGGCGCUGGACCUGGAAGGUGUGGUCUUCCCAUACUAUCCCCGUCUGGGUCGCUACAACCUCAACUUCCACGACGCCGAGCGGGCCUGCCGGGAACAGGAUGCCACGGUGGCGUCCUUGGAGCAGCUGCACGCGGCGUGGCAAGGGGGGCUGGACUGGUGCAACGCCGGCUGGCUGAGUGACGGCUCGGUCCGGUACCCCAUCACCUCCCCCAGGGAACCCUGCGGCGGCAAGAACACCGUACCCGGCCUUCGCAGCUACGGCCUCAGAGACAAAGACAAGAACCAAUACGACGUCUUCUGCUUCACCUCACACUACCAAGGAAGCGUGUACUACCUCAUCCAUCCCACGAAGCUGACGUACGACGAGGCGCGGCGGGCGUGUGAGAAGAACGGCGCCCAGGUGGCCAAGGUGGGGCAGAUGUACGCGGCGUGGAAGCUUCUGGGCUACGACCGCUGCGACGGCGGCUGGUUGGCCGACGGCAGCGUCCGUUACCCCAUCUCCCGCCCGCGCGCUCGCUGCAGCCCCGACGAGGCAGCGGUGCGCUUCAGCGGCUUCCCCGACAAGAAGCACAAGUUGUACGGCGUUUACUGCUUCAAGGCCCGCCACUGAACACGUUCAUGCACGCGCACACGCACUGUGAUGCUAGCAUGUUAGUAGCUAGCUGACAUGUUUCAGGUUGAGCUUACUUCGAGAACUGCGGGGGGGGGGCAAAGGGGAGCGCAUGCUAAAACUGACCAGCAUGUUGGAUUCUGACUCGUCUGAACUGAGACCCGUUUCAUGCUGGUCCGACUCUUUGGGCACUUAUCUUCUUUUAGUCCAUCAGAACAGGCCAGAAGGAUUUUUUAAGGUGCUAAGAUGUCGUUUUUGUUUUCUACUAAUUAUUAUUGUUGUUAGCGUUCUUGUAGAAAAUGGAAAUGUUAAAUGUUUUGAUAUAAAUAAA